CUUAUUCUCCGUUAUGGCUGGUGGGGGUGAAACCUUGGCGGGCGUAGAGGGACUGCUGUUAGAUAUUAGCGGGGUGCUUUACGAUAGUGGAGGCGACGGAGGCGGAGUUCCCAUUCUUGGAUCUAUAGAAGCUGUAAAAAAGAUCAAGGCAUCUGGUCUAAAGCUGCAGUUUUGCACUAAUGAAACUCAAGCUACGCGGGACAAGUUUGUAAAAAAGUUGCAACAUUUGGGCUUUGACAUUGCGGUAAAUGAAGUCACCGCUCCAGCACCCGCUGUAUGUCGAAUUCUGAAGCAGCGCAACCUGAGGCCUCACCUUCUUGUGCAUGAUGACCUCAUUCCUGAAUUUGCUGAUAUUGAUAAAACAGAUCCUAACUGUGUAGUAAUUGGUGAUGCAGCAGACAACUUUUCUUACAAAAAUCUGAACAAUGCUUUCCAAAUUCUCAUCAGCCUGGAAAAUCCAAUCCUGCUGUCUUUAGGAAGAGGACGCUAUUAUAAAGAAACAGAUGGACUAAAACUUGAUGUUGGAGCAUAUAUGAAGGCACUGGAGUAUGCCUGUGAUAUUCAAGCUGAGGUGGUGGGAAAGCCAGCCAAAAUGUUUUUCCAAUCAGCCUUGACAGAAAUGGGCAUUGAACCUCACCAGGCUAUCAUGAUUGGGGACGAUAUUGUAAAUGAUGUGGGAGGUGCCCAGCAAUGUGGAAUGAGAGCUGUACAAGUACGGACGGGAAAGUACAGAAGACCCUCUGAUAAUCCAUCAAGAUGGACAGUUAAUGGCAGACCCAUUGAGCAGGUGAAAUCAUUUAAAGGCCUGGACCUUGUGAUGAGCAGCACCCAGAAGUGAAAGCUGACCGUUAUGUGAACAACUUGGCAGAAGCUGUUGAUGUGAUUCUCAAGCAUUUGCAUAAGUAAAAGUGUUCCGGGCGGCCACUUAAGGCAAAGAGCUGGCUCUGUUAAUGUAAGAUCUUUGGCAUAACUGCACAUUUCUAUUGAUGUCCAAGUCUCCAUCCAAUGUUUAUGUACUAAUUGUGAAUCAACUUGCAGCGCCACAAACAUGCCUUCAACAGUCUAGUUUAAUUUGCCAUUGUACCCAGCUAAAGUGAUAUAUUUACCAUAACAACAACAAGAA